CUUCUUACAUCAUUGUCAUUCAAUCUUAAAGACUUAAGAUACAAAUAGAUAUUUAUGUGAAUUGUAAUUUCUCAAGGCAACAACAUGGAUGCAAGAUUUACAUGUUUAGUUUUUCUGUUGUUUACAGUUGUAAAUUCCAAAAGUAAUAACCUAGAAAUCACCUCUCUUCAUGUUCAAUCUGAUAUCAGAUAUAGGUUUGCUACAACUCUCGUUACCAGUACUGUGGCAAAUAGCGAUAACAAGUCGGUAGAGGCUAAAUUUGAUGUCACUCUUCCAGAUGCCGCAUUUAUCACCGAGUUUGUCAUGGAGAUUGAUGGCAAACUAUAUCCAGGAGAAAUCAAUGAGAAAGAGAAAGCAAAGAAAAAGUACGAAACAGCAAAGAAAAAGGGACAAACAGCUGGAAUCGUUUCACAAAAACCUAGGCAUACCAACCGGUUCAGUGUUGAUGUUAACGUUGCAGCCGAGAGUUCAGUAACAUUCAAUCUGACCUACCAAGAAUUAUUGGAGCGUAUUUACGGGGAAUAUGAGCAUAUCAUAUAUAUUGACCCCGGUCAGAUAGUAGAAGAUUUCAAGAUAAACGUAGCUAUACACGAGUCGAGGGAUAUCACUAAAGUCUCUGUGCCACCGAUUAGAAAUGACAUACUUUCUGAUAGCAGUAUUGAUGAAGGCAAGAAUGCUUUGGUGACGAUUAAUAGGCCAACAACAAAAUCAGCGAUGAUUCACUAUGCACCUACUACAGAUGACCAAAAACAGCUAUCUGACCAAGGAAUAUCCGGGCUCUUUGUGAUAGAAUAUGACGUUGAAAGAAAAUUUGAUGGCGGAGAGGUUUUGGUUGUUGAUGGAUACUUUGUCCACUUCUUUGCACCGUCUGGUAUGAAACCGAUUCCGAAAGACAUUCUGUUCAUUCUAGACGUAAGCGGCUCAAUGAAUGGAAUGAAAAUGCUACGGCAACGUGAUGCCAUGGAUAUGAUUUUGCAAGACUUAAACGAAGAAGACAGAUUCAAUAUUAUGGAAUUCAGUUCACAAUCUAAACUUUGGCAGGAGUCUCUGGUUUCUGUAAAUAGCAAUACAACACAUAGUGCCAGAGAGUUUAGUCAAAAGAUGGCGGCCAAUGGAGGAACAAAAGCUAAUGAUGCCUUAAAGAAAGGAAUACAGUUUCUAAAUAACGUAGAACUCGACAGUCAACGUAUUAAAUUGAUUGUAUUUCUGACUGAUGGAGAAGCAGACACAGACCGCAAUACAAUUCUUAAAAACGUGAAAACGUAUAACACAAAGGGGAUAACAAUGUUCUGCCUUGCCUUUGGAAAAAAUGCUGAUUAUACCUUCAUCAAAAAGCUUGCUGUUCAGAACAAAGGAAUUGCCAGAAGAAUUUUUGAAGAUUCAGAUUCUUCUUUGCAGAUAAAAGGGUUUUAUGAUGAAAUAUCGUCUGCGACGUUACAAAAUUUAACAUUUCAAUAUCUUGGAAAAGACGAUGAAGUUGUUGAAAAUGUUACAAGGUUGAGUUUUGAUACGUUUUUUGAUGGAAAGGAGUUAAUCAUUGCCGGUAAAAUGUCCAAUGAUGAUGUCAAUGAAGUGGAUUUGGUCGUUACUGGGGACGGUUCUGACGGACAUAUAGAACUGUCUCUUGAUUCAGAUGUUAACAAAGGUGUUCCGGAACUGACAAAACCUGAAGAUUUCCACAAAAUUACAGAAAGAAUAUGGGCAUAUUUAACAAUAAAACAAUUGCUGGAGUCUGCAAUAGAAGUUGACAAUGCUGAAGAAAAAACUCAAUUGAAUCAAAAAGCUUUAGAUCUUUCUCUUAAGUAUAAGUUUGUUACACCCUUGACAUCCAUGGUCGUUACAAAACCAGAUGAAAAAGAUGUCGGAUCAUUCGAAGAAAAUGAAGACGCACAACUUGCGCUGUCUGGGCUGCCAUUUAGUUCUUCAAUGCAACAGCAUGGGCCACCUAGUCAUGUGAGUGCUAACAUGCAUAGCGCGCCUUUGCCGAUGCAUGACCCAUUGAGAGGAAGUUUCUACACUCGUGGAGGCCCGUCGGGAGGAAGUUUCAGUGGGGGAGCUGGCGGAGAUCCACACUUUAUGGUUCGCAUGAAGGAUCUAGAGUUACCCGUUUGUUUUAAUAUUAAAGCAAAGAAUGGUGAAAUCCUCCAGUUGGUGAAAGACCCAGUGUCAGGUGUCACUAUCAAUGCUGGAGUUGUGGAAUCGACUGCUAGAAAUGAACACGGAGACUUAAAAACUUUCUUCGGGGAACUUUUUUUACGCACACACUCUGUGGAAAUUGUGGUAAAACCUAGUAGCAUUUUAUUAAAUGGUGCGUCCCUAUCUUGGGAUGACAAAACCGUUUUUCGAAUGGAAAAUGUUGCAAUCAUCGUGAAGUAUGUUGGUCGCCAUGACAGAACUAUGACGAUUGACUUUGGAAAUGACAUCAUCGUUACCAUCAGACGACAUAUGAAACAGGAUACAACCAUGGCAAUGAGUUACUUAAACAUCUAUAUAGAGAAAGAGACAGGGAUAUCACAGUUUGCAUCAGGGGUACUUGGAGAACUUGUACACAAAUCUACAAAGCUGUUCCAGAUUACAUUGGAUAAGCAAGGUAAUGAACAUGGUCAUUUCUUGGAAGUUGGAGAUGGCCAUGCGUAUCGUUUCUACACGAAUUUGGACCAGAAACAAAACGUUAUUACCGGAGAGGACACGACAUGCUGGAAUGUUCCCCAGCCUAUGGAAGGCCUGUUAGAUGAAAAUAUUUCAAAGUACAUCGUACCGGAUAUGCAUGCUUGAAAGACUAGUGUUUUAAAUAACUCGUCAUUAUUAUGUCAAACAUAAAUUUGAUU